AUGUCAGUCUCCUCGGACUCGGGGCUGAAGGAAGCAUUGGGCUCGUCGCUUUCGCAGCCAUUGCUGAGAGUGGAAGUGUGCGGUGACGAUAACCAGUAUGUAAUUUUGGGCGGACGCAGAUAUCUCCGCUCGGAGUUGCAACAGGCGUUUGGCGGUACAUUCCAGGUGGAACGGUACCUGACUGGUCCCACCCACAGUUUCGGCAACCCUGCUCCUUUAGGGCUCGCGGGUUUUGGUUUAUCUUCGGUGACGCUGGGCCUUAUUAUGGUGGGGGUUAAAGGAAUCCACGUCAACCAAAUCACCAUUGGCAUGGCGAUGUUCUGUGGCGCGUUGCUCUUGACCCUUGCUGGCUACUGGGAAAUGGUCAUGGGUAACACUUUCGGGGCGUUAUCGUUUAUUUCCUACGGUGCGUUCUGGUUUGCGUUUGGCUGCGUACAGCUCCCCGCGUUUGGUAUCGCUCAGGCGUAUGGUACUGACCACGCUCAAUUAGGCAAUGCCCUUGGCUUUUUCAUGCUUGGGUGGGUGAUCUUCACGUUUAUGAUGUGGAGUUUCACUUUGAAAGCGACGUGGGCGUUCUUUGCUAUGUGCACUACUUUGCUCCUUACGUUCAUCAUGUUAGCGGCCAUGGCGUUCACCGGGCUGCCCAAGGUGACGAAAGCCGCCGGUAGUUUCUCGAUUAUUACUGGUAUUGUGGGGUGGGCCUGUGGGUUCGCUGGUGUAGCCACCAAGCAGAACUCGUACUUUACCGUCCCCACCAAACUUAUGCCGAUCAUCGGCAAACGCUCGUGA